AUGAACUUGAAGGAAGAACUGUCACAACCGGUAACACGUAAAGAUUUUCAACGUCUAGAACGAACAAUUGAAGAGUUGGUAUCGAAAUUAGGGAAAGCGAAUUUUGAGCAUAGUAAUGACGAGGGACAUGAUUAUGAUACUUCAACGACGAAAAAUUCAAUCAUUAUCGACCUUCCCGUAUUGGGAGAUAUAAAUGACACUAAUGAAUCCGCUGAUAAGUCAAAGUCACCACUCGGUCAACUUCUAAAUCACACUUAUCCUGACUCGGUGGUGGAUUUGGUGAAUAAGAUUUCAACCAAUUUCCCCAAACUUCCUUUUAAUUUUUCUCCCGGAUCAUCAUCAACUUCGACAAAAUCAAAACCGGUUGAAAUUAAAGCAACAGUGGCACCACCGUCUCGUGAACUUUGUCGACAAUUAAUUGAGGAUUAUUUCAACCUAUUCAAUGUAUAUAUCCCAAUUCUGGAUCGUCGAAAAUUCAUUGAUCAUUGGCGUGAUAAAUCGAAUAAACAAUCACAAUUGUUGGUGAGCUCUGUAUUGGCAGUCGCAGCCACUCGAUUCUCCGAUGAUCCUUCAAUUCAGAAAAGUCCAUCAAAACCUGGUGGUGUGUUUUACGAUGCUGCAAAAUCAUUACUUGACACAAUGUACGAUAUACCUAAAAUUGAGACAUGUCAAGCGUUAAUUUUAUUAGCGAAUACACAAAACAGUCUAGAACGUCUUGAUACUGCAACUAUGUAUACUGGAAUGGCUGUUCAAAUGUCAAAUGUACUAAGAUUAUCACAGAACGAAUCAACAAUGUCACCGGAAGAAGAUGAAGAAAGGAGACGCGUAUUUUAUUGUAUAUAUUGCGUUGAUAGAUGGCAAUCGUUCGUGUUUGGUAAACCCUAUAUGAUCGAUGACAUAAACAUCAAUAUUCCCUUACCAACAUUACCAUCCGCAAACCAACUAAUACGAAACUUCUUUGUGGCAUUCGUAAAACUUUCGCGAAUUUUGGGGCAAAUAUGGAAAUUCGGAUAUUCGUCACAACCGAAAGCAACACAUUCAGCUUGGGUAGAUCAUGCAUCGGAUCAGAAGAGUACUUUGCGUCAAAUAAGAGGAGCUUUAGCGAAAUGGUUACAAGAGUUACCGGAGGAUCUCCAGUAUCAAUAUUUACCAUCCACCGAUCAGCGUACGAUAUUUCAAUUGGCGAGUUUUACAGCUUUUGCCGGACACAUAAAUAUUAUGUUCCAUACUUGUCUAAUUCUGUUACAUCAACCAUACAUCACACGAUUGGAUAACAACAAUACCUACACAAAAGCUUCAAUGAAUAGCAACUUCCCUUCAUUCUUAUCGGCAGGAGGCAAAUCAAAAAAUUCAUCAAUUCUGCAUAAAGGGCCGGUGAAAACGUGUUUAACAGCAGCGGUCACGAUCACAGACAUUGCAAAGGUGACACGUCAACUGGACAAGCACGCCUAUAGAAAUUUCCACUAUUCAAUCUACGGAAUAUUUCAGUCCGCCAUCUUGGAGUUAGUGAUCAUGAAUGGUUCACCAGAAUAUUCGCAGAACGCCAAGAAAGCAUUCAAUGACACGGUGGAAGAAUUACGAUACGUUGGAGAGAGUAGUGGCGUCUUUCUCUUAAGAGAUUCGGUGAAAGAGUUGGAAGGGUUGGUGCAGAUUGCUAAUGGUGGAUCAUCAUCUUCUGGAACCGAAUUUAUGGUUCCAUUCAGAUUGGCGGCUCAAUGCGCAAACAGCAACCGAGACAGUAAUCAAAGUAAUAAUGAUAGUAGCCGAGAAUCAACUCCAUUAACGACAACACCCGAUUCUUCCACGAAUACAUUGAUAGAUGAUAAUGAUGAUUUUCCAAAAUUUGAGAUUAACACUGUUACUGCUGCCGCAGCACUUGCCAAUAAUAACCCCCAUCAUCAAAUUCCACAUGCAUCGGCAAAUACUACACAAACGUGGGAUCAGUACAUUUUAACGGGUGAGGAUUUAUUUUUCGGAUCCUCGACUGAAGAAGUCACAUCCCCUAAUGAAUUAACAGCAAAUAUUAGUGAUAAUGUAAUUGAUAUUAAUAAUGAAACCAUUGGUACGGGGUUUACUGGAACUUCAAUGUUAGUUGAUGAUGAGAUAUUAUAUUCGUCGACAGGAGGUUGGAAUCAUGGAUGA